UCGCAUGUUUAUCAUGUAGCUCAUUAACAGGUAGAUAAAGUUAAUUAGUUUCCAAUAAGAUUUUCAUUUUCUAACCUCAUUAAUGGAAAAAAGAAAUAGAUAAGAUCCAUUAGAACUGAAUUAAUAUUUUCCAAGCAUUUACCUGAACAAUAGGUUUACAAUAUUCGAGCGUAAAUAACAUGUCGAAGUCCAUUACAAAGAUCUUUCCAUUCAGUUUUUUUUCUUUCUCCUUCCAAUUCCCUGUAAAUGAAUAAUAAUGACCAUGAUAAUGAUGAAGAUAAUUACUACAGGUAAUUUCCCACAUAGGUCACACUGUGAACAGAAAAAAGGUAAUAAACAAAAAAUCUCAAUCAAUAUGAAAUCAAGAAUAAUAAACAACCUUAUACAUGGAAAUUGUGAUAUUCAGAUAAACACGAACAUGGUAACAAAUAAUUUUGGCCUUUGUUUUGUACUCCACAACAAAUGAGUGUCUUAAUCAGUACACAUUAAGUAAUACAAAACAAUCAGUUAACUUUUGUAUUAAUAAGUUUCAAUGUUUCAAAAAUAUAAACAAUUCCAGGCAAACAAUCAAUCAUGGAAUUGAUUUGAAAUUUGUUUUUCUUCAUGUUAAUUGUGCUCUCUGGUCAAGGAGUGUUAAUCAUCAUGUUGUCAUCAACUAAUUAUUUCAAAACAAUUGAAGAAGCUUCAGUUAAAAGCUUCAAGGAAAUCGUCCAAACUAAUCAUCAUCAUACCAAUCGAAAGGAGGUAAAUCAAUCGUUUUUAAAUGAUCCAUCGACAAUUGAACCUAAUGGUUUGAGGCCACUUGAAUGUUAUCGCUUUUUAUAUAACGUUUUGACCAUCAUUGGCUUCUUAUGGCAGGUUUAUCGGAUUAAUUACAUUUACUUGCAAUAUGAUACAGUGGUUAACAUAAUUAUCGGUAAAGCAGAUCACUAUUAUAUGCCUGGAGUUACCGUUUGCCUGGAUUAUAAUAUGGAAGAUAAGUCAACCUUUACUCGUCUCUAUCCAGAUCGUGUUUUAGAUCAUUAUUCACCUGAUGAAUUGAGGCUUAUUUUCUUGGAAACACCGAUCAGAAUUAUUGCUCGAGAAGGUCAGACUGUCGGUCAAGUUUCGAUAAAUUGUACCGUUAAGUGUUCUCGUGAUCGUAGGUUUAUAAAACCAAGUGAAACCCUUUGGUCAUCUUCAUCUUCUUCCGAUUCAAAAGCAUUUUGUGUCAAUGUUCCUUGUUCAGUUUAUUCUAAACCUCGAGAGACACUUUCUUGGGCUCGAAAUAAUGUUAUCCGUCGAUGUACAACUUAUUUCACUUGGAAUUCAACAUCAAGUCCACUACAAGAAUAUCGUGAAGAUGGACGUGAGCUUAUUGAAUUUUCAGUUUCCUCCAAAGGAUCAGCUGUGGUCAUUUUCGCCAUGCACUCUGGUUGUAACAUACCUUGGACAGAAAGGGAAGACUUUUUCCUGGACAUUGAUCGAUACUCUCAGUUCACUAUGGACUAUUCAAUAAUCAUAUUUCGUCUCCUUCAACCUCCCUACAAGACUAAUUGUUCCGAUUAUUCAGAAUAUGGUGUUUUAGGUCGAACCGCUUGUAUCCAAGAGUGUGAAAAGAGCCUAUUCCUUAAAGAACGCGGAACUUGGCCUCUUGAUGUACCAGCUCCAGCAUUCAAUACAUCUCUAGCCUUUUUCCCUUCAGGUUUUGGUUUACGAAGAGAAAGGGCAUUCCCUCUGAAAACCUUGGACACAUGCUCAAAAAAAUGCGCUCAACCCGAGUGUUCAUCUUAUAUUGUCACCUUUUCGACAAAGAAUCAAAAUUUCAUCACAAGUCGCAGAAAUCAAACCAACUAUAAUGCAAAGAUUUACGUUAAUCGCCCUCGUGCCUACGGUGUGAAAUAUAUUCAUAUUCCAGCGAUUGAUUUUAUCGCAUAUUUUACUUACAUUGGAGGAUCAAUAUCACUUUGGUUUGGAUUAUCUUUGCUCUCAAUUUUUGACAGAUUACCAACUAAUUACACAGGACAAGGAACAUCGAAACGUGUACCCGCUGUCGAUAAAAUGGACUCACGAUAUUGGCCACAAACCUCAAAGUAUACCAAUGGUUUCUAUUCUGGAUGCUCAAAUCUAAUCACAAAAUUACCUGCGGGGAGCUGGAAGACAUUAUCCUCACCUUUUGAACUUGCACCUCGAAAUUCAGUGAAAGAUUCAUCGAAUCCCAUUUUACUCUCAAUAAUUUCAUCAAAUGUAACCACUGGUGGUAAAAAACGCUCAUUAACAAAAGUUGUAUUUGACAGCUUUAAAACAAAUCGAAUCAUCUAUUAA